AUGGCCUUCACCACGACUGCGACCAUCGCCUCGUUUGGCGGCAAGCUUCUGAAGCUCACCCACGAGGCGAAGGCGACCAACUGCAAGAUGGCGCUGAACCUCUACCUGCCCCCGCAGGCUUUCUCUGCACAGAAGAUGACGCAGAAGGUCCCCGUUCUCUUCUACCUCUCCGGCCUGACGUGCACCGGCGACAACUGCUCCGAGAAGGGCUUCUUCCAGCACAAGGCCAGCGAGAAGGGCAUCGCCGUCGUCUACCCCGACACCAGCCCUCGUGGCCUGGGCAUUCAGGGCGAAGACGAUGCCUACGAUUUUGGCAGCGGUGCCGGCUUCUACGUUGACGCGACCAACGCGCCGUAUGACAAGGGCUACAACAUGUACACCUACAUCACGAAAGAGCUGCCCGAGACGCUGUUUGCGAACUUCGAGGUUUUGGACAGCAGCCGAGUCAGCAUCACCGGCCACAGCAUGGGCGGUCACGGUGCUCUGACGCUGUUCUUGAAGAACCCGGGCAAGUACAAGUCUUGCUCCGCCUUCGCGCCCAUUUCCAACCCCAUCAACUGCCCGUGGGGUCAGAAGGCCUUCAAGGGCUACUUCGGCGAGAACGAAGCCAAGUGGAAGGAGCACGACGCCUCGGAGUUGGUGAAGCAAUGGAAGGGCCCGCUGGAGCUGCUGAUCGACGUGGGUACUGGCGACAACUUCUACAAGCAGAAGCAGCUGCUUCCGGAGAACUUCAUUGCCGCGGCCAAGGAGGCAGGCAACGACAAGGGCAUCAACUUGCGCAUGCAGCCCGACUACGACCACAGCUACUACUUCAUGGCCACCUUCGCGGACGAGCACGUGGAGUGGGCCGCGAAGCACCUUUUUGCCUAG